CAGUCAUCCCAUCCCCGUCUCCUCUCCUCAACUCCUUAGCAAUAAACAAAACUGAAAACUCCGUCUGACCCCUCUCUCUCUCUCUCUCUCUCUCUCUCUUUUCCCCUUGCAGAACAACGAGAAGUGAUGAUUAAAGAAAUGGAUAGAAACUGGAAGAAGCUCAAACAGGAAUUCGAACCCCAAUUCUCUCCUUUGACUCACGAACAGGAAGCUUCAAUCAUCGUCUCCGCUCUCAAGCACGUCAUUUCUGGUGGCAGCUCCGUGGACGGCGAUGACAUUGUUCAAAAUUUCCUACUUCCACCACUGGUUAGCUCAUCCGCUGCUUCUCCGGUCAUCAUUAAAUCAAGCCCUGAACUUGAACAAGAACAGAUGAUACCUCUGCCACUCCCAGAAGCUGACAAAUGUGGGUUAUGCGAGAUAGAUGGCUGCCUAGGUUGCAAUCUCUUCGGAGUAUCGACACAACCUGAGAAGAAAAAGGGUCGGAAAAAGAAUAAUAAGAAGAAUUAUCGAGGCGUUCGACAGAGGCCUUGGGGCAAAUGGGCGGCGGAGAUUAGGGACCCUCACCGCGCAGUCCGCGUUUGGCUUGGAACCUUCGAUACUGCGGAAGACGCUGCUAUGGCUUACGAUAAAGCCGCCAUUAAGUUCCGUGGUGCCCGUGCGAAGCUCAAUUUCCCAUUCCCUGAUUACCAGAACUCAGAACCCCAUAACCAAUCACCGCAACAUCACCAGGAGGAACGACCCAAAUCAGUAGUACUGGAGGAACAGAGGAAGCCAAACAAGAACGACGACAGCGACGUCUCGGCCAAUCUCGCUUUGCCCACGCACACGGUGGCUGGAACCACAAGCGGGAUCAAAAGGGAUAGAGAUUUAAGGGACAUGGAAUUAGAAGAGGACGCACUACUACAGAGUUGGAUCAUCUCCGGCGAAUUGCCCACUCCAACUGUACCUUCACCGCCGGCGACAUUCGAUGUUUCCCAAUUGGGUUUUUAUCCUUCAGGAUUUUAACCUCAAUUUAGACUAUCCAUCUCUCUCAUGUUUUUUUUAAAGAGAGCCAACUUACUCUAUUAGUUGAUUUAAUCAUUCCUUAAUCGAACUUUCUAGUUUGUAAUUUGUAAAGAGAAAGAAAUUUUUUUGUAAAAAUAAAAAUAUAGAUUCUUAAUCUAAUCUGGAUUGAAGGCUGCCAAUGAUAAAA